AUGGUUCACGUACCUUCGCUGUCGGUUAUUGGUUCUGCAUUGGUCGGGUUGAGCAAUGCUGCUGCCUUGGGUACUGCGGAAGAGUAUGCUGAUGGAACGGUGCAUGCGAGGAUCAUGGCAAUGAAGACAGCGCAAUGGGACGCUGAAAUCGCCUCUGGAGAGAUGGAUAGCACCCGGUAUCCCGAACUUGGUUAUACGUCGUGUGAGAACGGCUUUGCUGCUGCAAUCCCUGGUGACUUCAACAACACAUUCAAAUGCCAUAAUAUCGAUCUCUACCAUUUCCUUCCACAUUCCCUCCUCGGCAGCUCUCAAGGCCAAGGAUCCUCUUCCUGGGGAUGGACAUCCGAAGAUGGACGCGAGUUCGUAGCAAUCGGUCAAUUUGAUGGCACAGCCUUUGCAGAAAUCAGCAGUGAAGGGAAGCUCAUCUAUCUCGGUCGCCUGCCUCCUUUUGACCCUAUCGGAUCCCGCUGGCGUGAGAUUCGCGUGAUGAGGGACUACGCCGUCAUUGGUAGCGAGGCCAUCAACCACGGUGUUCAGAUAUUUGACAUGAAGAAGUUGCUUGAUAUCGAUGGGAGUGAGCCUGUGAACUUCACCCAAGAGGAUCUGACUGGCCAUUGGGGGCUGAGCGAUGAUUGGAAUGCCCUCCCGGUUGGCCGGACCCACAACAUUGUCGUCAACGAAGAGCUCAACUACGCCGUAGCAGUCGGUUCCGUCGGCGGCAAUGAGACUAUUCGUGUUCGUGGUGACUUGCCAUGCCGUGGAGGUCUAAUCUACAUUGACAUGAGCGACCCAAGUAACCCUACGAGCCCUGGCUGCGCAGCCGCAGAUGGAUACGUCCAUGAUGCCGAAUGCAUCGUUUACCGCGGACCAGACACAAAAUACUAUGGGCGCGACAUUUGCUAUGGCUACAACGAAGACACUCUUACCAUUUACGACGUGACCGACAAAGCUGGCAACACCACCAAUAUCAUCUCCCGCACUACAUACCCCGGUGCAGAGUAUGUGCAUCAGGGCGUUGUCAAUAAUGCGACCUGGCAAGAAUACCUCUUCCUUGACGACGAAUUCGAUGAGCGCGAUGCCCGCGUUGGGCCCAUGACGCAGGGUCUGCCUACGACCCACAUAUUUGACAUCAGAGACUUGGAAAAUCCGUUCUACUCUGGAAACUACGAAGGAAAACGCCGUAGUAUCGACCAUAACCAAUACGUUGUCGGUGACCAUCUCUACCAAUCGAACUACGGAAACGGACUAAAUGUUCUGGACAUUCAUUCCAUCACGCAGGACCCAAGCGGCAACAGCAUUUGUGAAGCAGGCUUCUUUGACAUAUAUCCCGAAGAUGACGAGAAUGAAGGCGGCGGCACAGUAGCUUUCCUGGGCUCAUGGUCCAGUUACGCAAAUUUCAAAAGCGGUUUCAUCUUCGUACACACCAUCGAGCGCGGUAGUUUCGUAGUCAAGAUGACUAGUAAAGAGUGUGCGAAGCCAGCGGUUUGCGAGGCAGACUCUUGUCUUGCGUCAAUGCGUACAGCAAAUGUUGAAGGUAGACUGGACGCUUCGCAGGAAUUCUGCGGUAACUUCACGCAGAGAUUGAUCGAUGACGUACAAGUUGUUCCAGAGUUUGCGAGGGAAGCGUGCGCUGGGGAAGAUGUGGUGGCGAAGGUCAGUAGUGCAUGCGCUUGCGUGCCUACUAUUGCCGUGCCGGAGUUACCCAGGACGACGACUAGGGGUCCGGUGCCUACUGUACUGCCGCCUAGGGCGUAG